AUGAUGGCGGUUGAGGACUCAGAAUUCCCACAAUUUCCCAAGAAUUUCAACGCGAUCACCGUAAAACCCGAGAAGAUUACGGUCAAUGGAGGCGAAUGGAAAGCUGAGGUGAUCAUCGAGAAUCAAGGGCCCAAUCCAAUACUCUUCAAGGUGAAAGUGACAAACAAUAAACGGUGUCGUGUCAACAAUUGUGCCGACGUGAUCAUGCAGAAUAAGACGGUUACGGUGUCACUACAAGGAACCGGAGUCGAACCAAAAGAUGAGGAUCGAUUGAUCAUCAUCUACACACAAUACACCACUCCCACAAUUGUCGUCCCGAAUGCUUUCCUUGCUUGGCAGCGUGCAAAAACUCGUGACGUCAUUUCGAAAUCCAUGACGAUUCCGUUUGAAAAAGAAGUGAAAUGU